GGUAUCCACGUCCAGCAUACACUGUCACUCCGAAGGAGCUAAAAAGCGGAAGUAGUAGAUUAAAAUGGAAUUCCACUCAUUGUCAAAGGCUUAGUCGAAACUGAAUUGGGAUGAUUGGGAUAAACUAGGGCGAAUUAUGAGAGCAGUUGGAGCAGAGUUAAUGAUGUCAAGGCUUGAUCAGUAUGAAUUUAUGAAAAAGUCUUUUAUAAAUAAAGAAGCAAUCAGAAAAGGGAAUUAUGUAGAGGCAUGGGAUUGCUUUAGGUUCCAGCUCAAUGUUGUCUUGAGGGAGAAAAAUCCAAGCCCUGGAGAGGAAUUGCAGAAAGAAACAAUUCACUACUUGAAGUUAAUGCUUGAUACUGCGGAGCAAAAAGAAAACAAGAUUCUUAAAAGCUACACUUUGAACUUCUUAGGUAGACAAUAUAAUCUAGCAGAACAAUUCCAGGAAGCUCUCUUAUGUUUUCAACAGAACAUACCCUUGUCAAGUAAAGUGAAAAAUCCAGAUCUUCAAGGCAGAGCUUUUAUAGGUUGUGGAUAUGCAUAUUUUCACCUUAAACACUAUGCACUUGCAAGUGAAAGUUACAAGAGCGCUAUCAAGAAUGCUGAAAGCACUUACAAUAGUUCAAGACUAUUAAUUGCAACUACAUUCCUUGGGAGAUGUUAUCUUGAAAUGGAAAAAUGGGAUGAGGCUGUUGGCUUUUUCAAGAGAGCAAUGGAAAAGGGAGGAGAGAAAGGUGAUCUGUCAAAGGACUUGCUUUGUUACAUAUUGUCAGGUUUUGGAAAGAUUUAUGCUCAAAAUGGAAGGUAUGAAGAAGCAGUUGCUCAUUUAGAACCAGCUGUGAAUCUUGCCUCAAGGCUCCGUUUUGAUAGAGAACAAGCAGACUUGCUUUUGUGUUUGAGUAAUGCUACAUUUAACAUGGGACUACACGAUAAGGCCUUGGCGCAUGUCAAUGUUGCAAUACAAAUUGGAAAAACUUUAAAAGAUGAUGCUUUUGUAAAAGAGGCUGAAAUUUUCAAAGAGGAUAUCAAUAGACAGCCAAAAAAUGAAGAGAAUACUGAAACAGAAGCAAAGGAACAGGAUAAAAACAGAAAAGAAGAAGAUUAUAAGCCUGGCAAUGAGGUUAUUGAAGCAUUGGUUUGUCCCAUCUGCUUAGAAAUCGCAGAAAAAGCAGUUGAAACAAGCUGCUGUCACAACGUUUAUUGUGAGAAAUGUUUAUCUAUGGUUAUAAAUGGUCCUUGCCCACAAUGUCGUAAUGAAUUUCAAAUUUUGGCAUCACAUGUUUGCCGAAGGAUGAUUGGAAACUUACCUGCGGUUUGUUCUUUUAUUGGAUGCACUGCUAAACUCACUAGAUCUGAGCUGAAUGACCACGAGCAAAGAUGCGAGCAUCGUCUGUACAAAUGCCCAGCACCAAAAUGUUUGUUUGAGGGGCUAAAAGAAAACUAUCUGCUGCAUUUGAUACAAGAGCAUAAGGAGGACGUGGUUAAAAGGUCUGCCAACCUUUUCAGUAUGGAACAAACCAGUGAACAAACUAAUAACAGGAUUCGCGCCAAAGUGAACGAGGCUGGAAGAGAAUGUCGACUUGGCUCUACUGGAAAAUACUAUUGCGGAUUUGCUGUUGGUCCUUUGAGAUGCGAUUGUUGUGAUAUCUACUGUGGUCCUGAGAAUGGUUGCAACUGUGCCGCGUGCAUGAAACUGGACAUCAAGUCUUUCAAGCUCGCCAAAGGCUGGUACGUCAACAGGGACGGAUGCGUAUGUCAACAAAACACAGAAAAUGGCAAUGUUUACUGUGGGCGACUUGCAAUAACACCUUCCGAGGAUUCAGAUGGGUUCUGUGGACCGGAUGUUGGUUCAAACUGUGAUGCCUGUCGCAUUUUGCAAAAUCAGUUGAGAGAUAGAUAUGCAUAUAUCUGGGAGUAAUCUGGCUCUUGAGUUUGACGACCCGUGUCUAAAGAGUUUUCGAUAACUUUUAACCAAUUUAGCAAAAUCAUUUUUGUAUUGUUCGCUUUAUAACACCCUCUACAACGGCUUCCGCUGUCACAGCUCAUGAAAAUGGAUCAUUGCAAAGCUUUUCCAAAUGUCAAAUUUGAUAAAACAAUUUAUUUCAGUACCAGAAAUAGAAUAGUCAAUAUGUGAUUGAUGUCAAGAGAUUUUUACAACUAUUUCUUUUCAUUGUCUUCGUCAGCUUUUUGUUGUCAACUAGUUAAAAGUUGUUUCUUUUAUAUAAUUAUUUAAUCAACUAUUAAUGUCAAUCCAAUCUAGGCAUGAAAAUCUAAAGACAGUGGGCCAUCUAUUUGAAAUAUCAAUUUUGUUAGCACACUGUAAAUUAUAUCAAUGUAUCAAAUAUAUGAGGACCGCCCCAAGGAGGGGGGUCAGGGGACUUUUCCCCUUCAAUUUGCCGCAAUAUAUACUGAUUAAAAUUAUUUUCCUUCUCCAUGACUCUGCCGCUUGAAAAUCAAGGUGUAGUUCUUGUCUUUUUGUUUCAAAUAUUUAUCAACCAUGAACAGUUAAUUUCUAACCAACCUUUUAAUUAACGUCCUUUAGAUCCUGUAUGAUCCACGUUUCAGCGCAUCUAUCUCGCUUUAAAGUACAUUAACUUCAAAAAGUUUCCGCGUGACAAUGUUUCGGACAAAUAUUUUGACGAAUAUUUCUUCGACUAAAUUCAGUACAUGCUUUGACUCUCAAUACCGUAUAAGGACAAACAUAUGGAAAAUAUCAAUCGACAAGUCUCAGUGAACGUGAUUAUGUAUGUUGUAACUCGAAAUAAGUUAGUUUGGUGCUUGGAGUAGAGUUGAAGUAAGGAUUGUGAUCGGCGGAAUUGUGAAAUAAAAUACUGAUGUAUUUGAUACAAAAUAGUUAGACAAAA